AUGGGUCGUAAAAGUAAGAAAAGUAUUGCCAAUAAAUUGGCUAAAAUGAGCGACGAAGAACGAGCCAAAUACAUUCAAAAAAAAGCGGACGCUGAGGAGGAAAUUAAACGAAGAAGAGAACAACUUAUAGCAACAUUUGUAAAGAAUAAAUUGAAAAGAGAAGAAGGAUAUGGCAGAUUAAAUUUGGCCAAAAUAAAUCAACAUUGGCAUCAAUUAUUGCGAAUGCAAAAAUGUAAACAUAUGAAGGAGGAAGUAGGACAUUUGAAGAAAUGGAUAGGAAGAGUGUACAUACUAAAGGAAAAAACUAUUAACAAUUUGAUCGACGAAUUGAAGGAGGCCGAAACUCAAUUGCAAAACAGCUUUCAAACUCACGCAAUUCGUAUAAACAAAUUGAUUGACCAACACAAUGAAUAUAUGAAAAAAAUGCACAGCCAGUAUGAAAAAGACAGAGAAGAAUUGAUAGAAACCCUUUUAAAUGAAAAUAGAAACGUGAUGGAAAAAUUUCUUGAAAGUAGGAAGUUUUUAAAAUGUAUUAUUUAUGGAAAUGAUGAAAAACUGGAAAGAAAUAUGAAAGAAAAUACGGAGAAACACGUGAAAAAUUUAACCAGUAUCGUCGCCAACGUAUGUAUGCCUACUUAUAGGUAG